AUGGUGUGGUCCAAUGGAAUUCCAGAUGGUGCAGGUGUUCAGGAUGCCUUUAAUGAGAAAAGACUCCUGAAGAUUCAGACACACGCUGAGAUGGCCAAAGAGCACAAAAACUCCCUGGUGAAAACUCUUUUCACCGACGAUGUGUAUAUGGUUGAAAGGCCCAAGAAAUUUACCAUGUCUUCUUUUACUCAAUUUGACGGUACGGGAGAUCCUUCUUGGCACCUGGAUCAUUACGCCCAAAAGAUGGCUUUGGAUGACCGUAAUGACCCUCGGAUGUGUAGAGUUUUUCCUACCAGUUUGACAGGAGCAGCACUAGAGUGCUUCAGGAAUAGGCCACAUAAGUCCAUCCUGAAUUACGUAACUCUUUGCACCAUGUUCCUAUCACAAUACUACAAAAAUAAGAAGCAAAAGAAGAGUAUUGCUAGCCUCUUCACCGUAAGGCAAAAGAAAGGGGAAACGCUGCAGGAUUUCUUAUCUAGAUUCAACAUGGAAGCCUCGGAAAUAGCAGACUGUCAUCCCGUGACUGCUAUAGAAACAUUUAAACUUGCAAUAAUUCAGUGGACGAAGUUUCAUACUUCCUUGGUCAAAUAUUCUCCUCCCGACAUGCAGACUCUCAAUGCCAGGGCCCAGAUUUACAUCCGACUCGAGGAAAAUGUAGCCCACCGAGCGCAGCACACCACCCUCGUGACAGUGGAGAACAAGCCUCAAAAGAGAAUUCCAAAUUCAAAAAUUCAGAAAAGCCAAUGCGCUUCAUCGCCGAUCACCCAGGCACCUGAGAAGAGGCAAAGGAUAGAGGAAGGGUUUACACCUCUCCGAACUACCUUGGCUCGGCUCUUCCAAGAGAAUAAGAUGAGGUUCACAGCCCCGCAGCCAAUGAAGCAACCCUUGGAGCAGAGGGAAAAAAGCAAGCAUUACGCUUAUCAUCGAGAGUAUGGGCAUUCAACCAAUUAUUACAGAUCCCUUAGGCGACAAGUGGAAAAUAUGAUAGCCAGAGGUGAGUUGGCAGAUUACCUCAUGACGAAGGAGUAUAUGAAGCCCCGCGAGGUCUAUCCUCGCAAGGUAGAAGGUACUCAAGUAAAGGUCAUUCAUGCAAUACAUGGCAGAUCUGAAGAUGAUCAAGAGUCCGAGGAGGUAUACAGAUCGAGAUUAAGGGCAGCCCAUAAGCUCAGGAAGAUAUCCUCCGUCAAUGUUAUCGCUUCGGGUAGCAUCAGUAUUGGAUUCGGCGAUGACGACCUAUCCAGAGUUCAACUCCCCCACGAGGAUCCGUUGGUCAUCAGUCUUUUAGUGGCAAAUUGCAUGAUCAAGAAGGUUUUGAUAGACCUAGGGAGUAGCGCCAACAUCAUCACAAAGGCGGUCUUUGAGCAGCUAGAGAUCCCGUCAUCAUCUAUUUGA